AUGGACAGUGUUUGGGUGCUGGAAUAUUCGACAAUAGAAAAAAGACUAGCAAGUUUUGAAAAGUGGCCUGAUUAUAUUGAACAAAAACCACAAGAUCUUGCCGAAGCAGGAUUUUAUUAUAAAGGUGAUGACCGUGUUUACUGUUUCUACUGUAAUGUUGGUCUUUGCAAUUGGCAGAAAGAAGAUAUACCUUGGAACGAACAUGCCAUGCGGAUGCCAUCUUGCCCCUAUGUCUUUAUAGAAAAAGAAAUUUACCAAAAACCACAAGCUCUUGCCGAAGCUGGCUUUUAUUAUAAAGGUGUGAGUGACCAUGUUUACUGUUUUCACUGUAAUGGUCAUAUUCGCAAUUGGGAGAAAGAGGAUAUACCUUGGAAUGAACAUGCUAAAUGGUAUCCAGAUUGUAACUAUCUCCUUUUAAAGAAAGGCCAGUCACUAUUGGCCAAAGCUGGAUUCUUCUAUAUUAUGGGACAUGUAAAAUGCUUUUCUUGUGAUUUAACAAUUGACCCGGAAAAUCUCAGAACAUCAGAUGACAUUAUAAAGAUUCACAAGGAGAAAAGCCCCGAAUGUCUGUUUGCACAAAGUUUAUUUUCUCUUGAAAAUAUUGAUAAGUUUUGUAAACCGCCUCAAAUACAAAAUAUGGAAGACCAUGCAUCUCUAGAAGCUGUAUCCAAUGCAGGAAAAAUGGAAGACCAUGCAUCUCUAGAAGCUAUGAAGAAAAAGAGAUAUUCCAUUCAAUAUUAUAUAUGCAGAGUAUGUAUGGACAAUAGCGCACAUAUGGUAUAUAUUCCGUGUGGACAUAUGGUUACUUGUGUAUGGUGUACUCUUCAAUUAUCUAACUGUCCCAUGUGUCGAAAAAGGAUCACACAUACAUAA